AUGGUGAUAGGCGAGCAGGUCGAAGGUGGGGAGGCGACGCCUCCAUCCCCUCAACAGUACCCACCACAGAAGGCAACGAUCGAGAACAUCAUGAGCGGCAUCGAAAACACGGGCGCGGUUAGGAUGAACAAUCAUAGGAAAAAACUUCGCCAGAGAUUCGACAUAAUAAAAAAGCUCGGUCAAGGCACGUACGGCAAGGUGCAGCUGGGCAUCAACAAGGAAACCGGCCAGGAGGUUGCGAUCAAAACAAUUAAGAAGAGCAAAAUCGAGACGGAAGCUGAUCUCAUACGGAUACGGCGCGAGGUGCAGAUCAUGAGCUCGGUCCAGCAUCCCAACAUAAUACACAUUUACGAAGUAUUUGAAAACCGUGAAAAAAUGGUACUAGUCAUGGAGUUUGCGGCCGGGGGCGAACUGUACGAUUACCUCUCCGAGCGCAAGGUCCUGGCAGAGGAAGAAGCACGGCGCAUCUUCCGCCAGGUAUCGACUGCCAUCUACUACUGUCACAAGCACAAAAUUUGCCACCGCGAUCUCAAGCUCGAGAAUAUCCUGCUGGACGAGAAUGGUAACGCGAAGAUCGCCGACUUCGGCCUAUCGAACGUGUUCGACGAGCAGCGCCUGUUGGCCACCUUCUGCGGUUCACCGUUGUACGCCUCACCGGAAAUCGUCAAGGGUACGCCCUACCAGGGACCGGAAGUGGACUGCUGGUCGCUCGGUGUCCUGCUCUACACGCUGGUGUACGGUGCCAUGCCAUUCGACGGUGCCAAUUUCAAGCGGCUGGUGAAACAGAUCAGCCAAGGUGACUACUUUGAGCCAAAGAAACCUUCCCGGGCGUCACCACUGAUUCGUGAAAUGUUGACCGUUUGUCCUUCGCACCGAGCGAACAUCGAGCAGAUCUGCAACCAUUGGUGGGUGAACGAGGGCUACGACGAGUCCUGUCUGGAUCUGGCCGAGGAACUUGCAAACCAGACACCUGUGCGGUUGGACGUGUUGCUAUCCCUUGCGCCACCUUCGGUUACAGCCGAUCAGCUACUUGUCGGGAAUGGGCAGGAGGACGCUAAGUCGAAAGAUCGCAUCCAACGCAGCCACUCGAUGGGUUCGAUUGUAGACAUGGGAGGUACGGAGGCGGAGCGCCGUAUCCUGGACAUGGUGGCGGCAGGUGGUGAAGCUGCCCUCAUGCCAUCACCCACACGAACCAUCACUCCGGCGGAGACAUCCGCCACCGGAAGUCCUGCGCAGGCAAAACGCAAACUCGAAACGACGGUUUCGACGGAGAACGCGACCGGUGCGGUGAAGAAAAAGGACAAAGCUGAUCCACCGUCACCGGCACAACCGCGUAUACCCGAGGAUAUGGACGUGGAAGAGCUGGAAGGAUCUGAGCGUGCGGGUGAGCCAGAGAAGCAGAACCGUGAGGACGAGUCGAAACAAACUGCUGCAGAGGCGGCGAAACCAGGUGAACCGGUGACACCUAAGGCCGGCGAAGCGAACAAAUUCCAGGCGCAGGAAGUGCUGGAUGAUUUGCAGAAUCUUGAGAACAUGUGCGACGAAUUGCUGCUGGAAGCAGCUGCUCAACCUCAUCCUCCAUCGGUGCAGCCCGAGAGCUCGGUUGCUAAUGGAACACCGGCCGCUAGUGCCGAGGUUGGAACGCCGGAAACCCCAACUAAGCCAGUGUCGAGCGUUCGAGCGAAGCUGGAAAAGCUGGAGAAAGCAGGCACGGAGCAGAAACCGGCCGCCACGGCCAUUCCCGCCAUGCGAAAGGUGUUUGGAAAGAACAAAACCACCGACCUGACGUCGGCGAUUAACGAGGUGCAUUCCCGGCGUGGUGGUGAUGAAAACCAACCGACCGGAGAACGCGUGGCCGGUGUGACACACCGUUCGGCAAGCAGCGUUGAGCGUAAAAACAGCCUGCCCGAUGAAAACCUGGCCCGGACGGCCGAACGCCGGAAGUCACGCAUUCUCGAAACGGCUGAGAAGUUCCAGAACCUGAACCAGACGGCGGGCAACGGUGAGAAGUUCAAGAAGUUCGUCAUACCGGGCGGUGGUGUCCCGACCGUUGGCAACUACAAGAAGGAGUUCGAACGCAAGACUGGUCUAAACACAUCGGCAACCUUCACGAAACCGCCGCCACCGCAAACGGUUACGGUGGAGCAGAAGAAGGGUUACGAGCAGGAUCCGGAUCAAGGAGAGGUCGGUUCCACACCGGGGACACCACCGGCGUACACCGGUUCUUCCAAGAAUCUAGCAGGCUUCCAGCAGGCGUACGAUGAGCACGGUCGAUCGACGGAAUCCCCGUUGGUCGGAACGAAGUCGGACGAUGAGGUGAAGGAAAGCGACUCGAAAAGCUCGAUCGGUAGCUUCUCGCUCGAGGAUGCCCGCCGUUCGAUGGAGAACUCGAUCGCGAUGCUUAACCGUGCGAAACCGGCGGAUUCGAGCGCUCCUUCCACGCCGACAUCGAUCGACCAGUUGUGCGCGCGUACCGAGAGUGUCUCGAUGAUGGAGGACAGCGAGCGCGAGAGAAAGCUUAAGAAUGCCCGGGAGAUCAUCGGGAACGCCAUACCGAUUGGGCGGUUGCGGAAACCACCGAUGCCAUUUGGUGCCAACGGGCGCUCGACGACGGGUACGCUCGGUAUCAACAAACCGUUCCGGUUGGGCUCGGAAACGCCGGAACCGCGUUGUGAUACGAUGUCCAUCCCGAGAAAAGUGUCCAUUGGAAGCAUCCCGAGCCCUCCAAAAGAUGAAACAAAAACAUCGCAUGCUGAAAUCACACUUAAAUCGGCCACUCUUCCCCGGCGGAAGCUGUCCAACAAGCCGCAGGAGUUGCUGGGUGAUGCUCAACAGAAGAUCGAUCAUCGUAUGCAACAGCCUCCACCUCCGGCAUUUGCGCCGAUGCGGUUCUCGACCGAAAUACAACACCAGAUGCCGGAUCUCCGAAGCGCACCGAUCGGACGUGAACAUCCGCCAGCCUUCGCACCCAUGGCCCAUCAACACCAGCAGCAUUUGCACCAACGUGCGAAUAGCCUAGAACCACAGGGCAAGGACCAACAGGCGGCAGCAGCGGCUGCAUCGGCGUACGCCAGCCAGCAAAAGCCUCCCACAUAUCAGCGAACGAUGUCCGGUGCGUACGGUGCCGGAUACGGAUCAGCUGCUGGUCAACAGGCUAGCCGUGGCACGUUGUCCCGCCAGUCGACGAACGAAUCGAACGACUCCGACAACACCAUCUCACAGGGUCCGAUGUCAACGAACGCCUCGGGCGUAAUGUCCAGCACACUCAGCACCAGCGGUAGUACCACGAUGCCGAUCAAGAAGAGUCCGCGGGAGUUUAUCAUCCCGAUCGCCGUCGAAGGCGGUGGUUUUGUCACGCCUCGUGCCAACAGUUUGGAACCGUCCGAAUCGAACGCAUCAUCCGGCGUGUCUGGAGUUGCUGGUUUUGGCAUGAAACCACGCCUAGCACGGCCACGUCGAUUAGGCUCGCUUUUGACGGAGAAUGAUGGAGAAUCGGGCGAUAUGACGUCUUUCCCACGACUGAACCGGCACACUUCGCUGGGACGGGAAAGCGAUUCUGAGGAACCGAAAUUCCACAUGAUGCAUCGCCUCAGGAGCUCACGGCCAUCGAAACGCGGCACAGCUGAUCCGAAUGAGUCGGCCAGUUCUGGUGAAGAGGACGACGAUGAUGGUUUCGAAAUACUGACCGCAGAAAAUUUGUUCUCCACUCUUCUCUCGCGGGUUCGUGCACUUACUAAUCGCUUAAACGUGAACGACGUGAACUCACCGCGAUUCCCGGCGUCGCGCUUCAUGAACAAUCUUCGUCAAACGCAGGCACCGUUCUGGCAACAUCAGGAUCCCUUUGGAAGGCACUUGAACGAAGGCACCAACGCUGCCAACGCAUGGCGGCACAGUAUGUCGCGAGACUUGAGCACGGACAUCGAUUCAAUGUUUUCACGUAGCGGAGCCACACUUCCAAGAGGCACUAGACUCAGAACACAAAGUAACCACGUAACGAAUAGUAAUAACAGCAGCAACCAAAACCACUACCACCAUCAUCACCAUCAGCAACCGCCACCAGUGCCACCCAACAGCAGCAGCAACAGCAUCCGUAGUAGUUAUAACAAUAGAUAUAGCUAUCAUCCAACCGCAUCUAACCACCUCCCAACAACCCACUCCACAACCAACUCCUCCUCCUCCUCCUCCUCCUUCUACAAGGAUCUAGCAUCCUUGGCCGCGUACGGUAACGGUGGUGGUGGUGGCAGGGAGGCCAGCUGCUCCAGCCCUCCCACGAGUGGGGGUGACGAGAGUGUAUCGAGCAGCGCCACCAGCACCAGUGCGGCCCUCAACGGUAAUGGCUUCCACACGCGCCAUACGUCCCCGGGUGAGGCCACGGAGGGUCCGGGUACGAUGGAGGAGAACCUGGACCUACGGGAUCUCGAUCUAUCGCAGUUGCGUCUAUCCAAGCGUGAUCUCGAGACACUGUCCAGCAUCACACCUGCCCUUUCACAGCGUGUUCAGGAGCAACUGUUGGCGCAACUUCCUCCCCAGCAGGCCCGCAAAUUGUCCCGUACGCUUUCGAUGCAGAAUGGAGCGGGUGGCGUUGGUCCUGCAGGGACAGGACCUUCGGCGGCGAACCAGCGGCUUUACCGGCGAAGUUACAGCAACAGUUCCGGUAAUCGAUCGUUGGAUGCUACCAGCGAUUACGGUGUGUGGAGUGGGAGUGGUGUUGAGGCGCGUCGAAGAGCUGGUAGCCAACCGCGGGAUAUUGUGUCCCCACCGCCGGCGUACCAGAGUGCGGCAGCAGCACCACCAGCGCCCCUGUACGAGAAGUACGCCCCGUACGGAUCGAGCAGCAUUCCAGCGAUCAGCGGUGACUCCUCCGAUCCGGACGCCGAGAGUGUCAUCGAGCGUAUCCGGCGCAAGAGCUUCUACACGCGGUUCAACGAGAAGAAGCCGGCCAAGCGCGCAUCUGCCGGCAACCUGGGCGCACUGAUGAGCGGUAGUGGCGGAACCGGCACUGGUCGCAACAGCCCAUCCGGCCACGGUAAGGAUCUGGGUGGCUACGGAUACUAUGGUGCCGGUGUUGGAACGCGCGAAAAGUCACUCUCACGCGGUGGCUCUUCGUCGUACAUCCUGCAACGUCCGACCACCCGGGACACAUCGUUUGGCGGUGGUGGUGGCGGUGGUAAGUACGAUACGGCAGGUUAUGCCACCGUCGGGCGUACGGAACAUCCGCGGGGUUACGCGACAAUGGUGAGCCUUGGGCGGGCGAAUCGAGCAGCUCGAUUGCGUAACAGCAGCCUCGACGUGGUUCCCGGUGGUGCUGACUAUCCGGUGUUGAACCAUCACCAUCACCUUCACCAACCACACCACCACCAUCACCAUCACCAUCACCACCACCAGCAACCGGUGGUGUCACUAUCGCGUACGGGUUCGCGCCUUCUGGCCACCGACGACGAUCCGCUAACCGACGGUUUGGCGUACAGUAACAUCCUCAACAACAACAACAACAACACGAUGAGCCACAAGUACACGCGCAACACCUACUACGACAGUAGCACCACCAACGGUCCGUCACCGUACGGCGGGGGGACAUACACGCCAAGGCGUCGCUCGUCGUUCGUUGGCCACAGUGCAGCCGCAACUGGAUACGGAUCGUCUAAUGUCACUUCCUCCUCUUCGUCGAUCGUACUAGAUCUGCUCAAGGACCACCGGGAUCGGGAUGGGUCGGCAAGCCAGGGUAAUCUCGCCACGACGGCAUCUUCCUCCUCCUCGACCACGCUGUCCGCGUCGGAGAACUACGGUGGGGUGACCGGUGGCGGUGGCAGCAGCAGUAGCGUCACAUCCCGCAACAUCCGACCGUACGAGGCACGCAGCAGUUCGUUGCUAACACCGGCAACCUUGCGGGAAGCGGGACGAUACGGCGGUCGGUACGACAGUGGCACACUCACCAACAAAGCAGUGCAACUAAUCAAAAGCCGACUCUAUUCCCUCUUGCUUCGGGUUUCGACCGUCAACAAUCGCCCACGUCCCCGUCACACAACUUCCUAUCGUACAAGAACCACGUCCGCGUCCAAAUCCACCGACAAUGCAUAG